CCUCCACCCUACCUCCAAAGCUCAAGAAGUGACAGGAAAAAUGGUAGGAGUCAUACAAAAAAAGGUAAUAAAUUACAAAAAGAACUCGAGACUAUUUCAUCAGAGUCAUUGGUCUGUGAAGGUUUACUCGUCACAACAGAGAAGGAGAAUGUAGAUUAUAAAAAUUUUAUGGUAUUAUUGAUUGAAUACAAAAAGACAAAACAGCAGUUGUACAAUGCAAAUCGACAAAUCAAACGUCUCAAGGAAAAGUUAAAUAAGUUUGAGCAUAAACAGGACGAAGAGGACAAUAGUGAUUAUGAAAAUCAAGAGGAACUUUUAAGGAAAACUAUUAAUGAUAUUAUUGAAGAAUCAAAACUUGGUUCAACGAUACUAAUCAGUACUGAGCAAUUUUUAUCUUUAAUCUUACAGCAAUCUUGCAGUUAUUGUGGUGAAUCACAUUUACCUAACAAAAAGACAAAAGCUUCAACUGCUGGAUUUGUUGUCAAAAUUCAUGUAAAGUGCAAACUUUGCAAAACUGUUAUUGAAUUUAUUAAUGAAUCAGAAACUAAUUUUAAUACUUGUGUGGCAGCAGCAGGAUUAGUAGGAGGAACCAACAGACAAUCACUUCAGAUGAUUUUAGCUUGCAAAGUGGUGAAAUGA